CUCGACGAUCGAUUUUCGCGAUUUCCGAACGGCUCGAUCUUCAACAGUGUCCCAGAUGCGGCAGGCAGCCAAAUUGUGACGACCGGCUGUCAAUUGGCUAUUUUCCACAGACCGAGGAGGAGCACGCGAAAGGAAAUGCAGCUCGGGACGGGGGCUUCGGUGGUUAGCCGAGCCAAAAGCCUCAGGCGAAUCCCUCGGCUGCCGGUGUCGACAUGCUCCGAAUGCCUCAGACACGCGCUCGACGUCCGAUUACCGUCGCCGCAGUCCAGGGCAUCUUUCCACUCGACAAGACCGGGUUCAUCAGCAUGGGCCGCUGCGGUUUCCGUCGCAGGGAACAUAGUCAACAAUGCCAUCACCCGCGCGACCAAGGGCGACAUGCCCUCCAUCGACCCCCUCCGGAUCGUGGCCAAGGAGAUGAAGUUCCUGACGGGCAACAUCAGGAAGCUUCUCGGCUCGGGCCAUCCCUCUCUUGACCGCGCGGCCAAGUACUACACACAAGCCGAGGGAAAGCACAUUAGACCAUUAAUCGUCCUCCUAAUGUCGCGCGCAACCUCGCUCUGCCCCAAAGCCCCGCAACGACAACAAGCCACGCUACAAGCCUCAGUAGCCAUCAACACAUCCAUCUCCCCGCUCUCCAUCCUCUCCGACUUCAACCCGGCCGCAGGCACCGAAACCGACCCCACAACCAGCGACCCAGACAUAGACAUCCUCCCCUCCCAACGGCGCCUCGCCGAGAUCACCGAACUCAUCCACACCGCCUCCCUCCUGCACGACGACGUAAUCGACCACUCCGUCUCGCGGCGCGGCGCACCCUCCGCCAACCUCGAAUUCGGCAACAAAAUGGCCGUGCUCGCAGGCGAUUUCCUGCUGGGCCGCGCCUCCGUCGCCCUCGCCCGCCUGCGACACGCCGAGGUCAUCGAACUCCUCGCGACAGUCAUCGCCAAUCUCGUCGAGGGCGAGUUCAUGCAGCUGAAAAACACGGCGCGCGACGACGAAGGGCCCAACCCGCGCUGGUCGGAGGAAACGCUGACCUACUACCUGCAAAAGACGUACCUCAAGACGGCGUCGCUGAUUAGUAAGAGCUGUCGUGCGGCGGCGUUGUUGGGGGGCGCGGAUGCCCAGACGGCGGAUGCGGCGUAUAGUUAUGGGAAGAAUCUGGGGUUGGCGUUUCAGCUUGUGGAUGACAUGCUGGAUUACACGCAGAGUGAAAAUGAGCUGGGCAAGCCGGCGGGCGCGGAUCUGGAGUUGGGGCUGGCGACGGCGCCGUUGUUGUUCGCGUGGAAGAAUAUACCGGAGUUGGGUGCGUUGGUGGGGAGGAAGUUUGCGGGUGAGGGGGAUGUUGCGAGGGUGAGUUUUGUUUCUUUUUGUUCUUUUAUUCCGUCCCGUCUCUACGAGCAACGACGAUGAGAGAGAUGCUGAUCAGUAUGCGGGAACUAGGCACGAGAUUUGGUCGCACAAAGCGAUGGCAUUGAACAGACGCGAGCCCUUGCCGAAGACUACGCGGAAAAGGCGAUUGAAGCCAUCAGCUGGUUCCCAGAGAGCGAGGCCAAGGAUGGCCUGGUCGAGAUGGCCGUCAAGACCCUGAAGCGGCAGAAAUAACGCCUGCCUCAACCUCGGUCGAGAUUUGUAUUACUAACUGCAACACCCAACUCCAACUUGGGGAUUUUGGGCGGAGUGGACAACCUGUGUUUGGGUUGAGACAGGUAAAUAUAAAGAUGACCAAUGUUUGGUUUGGUGUAUAUAUCAUACAAAGACAGCGCCCGGCCACUCAAUGUCUGGUGGGAUGGCGGCCACGUGUACAGUACGAUGAGAUGCAUAUUUGGCGCUACGGGGAUGAUAUGAGAUCUCGCAUUCUGAUUCA